AUGGCAGAAACAGCAAUAUCAUCGCCCUUGAAGCGCCAAAGAGAAGAGAAAGAUCAAGAAAUUAUAAUACAAGAAGAAAAAAAAAGACAAAAGCCUUCUUCAUCAUCUUCAUCCUCGUACGAUCAAGAUCUGUGUCUCUUAUAUGACGUAGAAGCACAAAACGAAGCAGACGAUGACUUAACUUCUCUAAUCACCACACUUCAGCAAGAAAUCUCUACGGAAGAGCAAAACGCUGCCGUGUUCGAGAAUCCUGCUCUCUCUUCUUCUUCUUGCUCCUCCUCGUCGUCUUCGUGCGCUUCGAAAGAAGACGAGUACGAGAGCGACAAGGAGAAAGUGAUGAAGCAUCUUCUAGAAGCUUCUGACGACGAACUUGGGAUCCCUAACACUGAAAUGGGCGGGAGUAAUUAUGAGAUGAUUAAUAGUGAGACUAAUCAGGAUUACGUUAAUGGGUUUAGUUUAUUAGAUGGGUUUGGUGAUGGGCUUUGGGAGCUCGAGGAUGAAGCUGCGAAUUAUUACACGUUGCUGCAGUCAGAACUGUUCAUGUAG